AUGGCAAGAACUUCCUCCAUUCUUUUAGUUGCUUUUUACUCCAUCAUACUCACAGAUGGGGCUCAACUCAUUUUAGUGAACAAUUGUGGGGAGAGUGUGUGGCCAGGGAUACUUGGAAGUGCAGGGCAGCAAACUCCAAAAGAUGGGGGGCUCCAUCUUGGAAGUGGUGAGGAAAUAGUGCUUGAUGUGGCAGAGAAGUGGUCAGGGAGAAUUUGGGGAAGGCAAGGUUGUAGCUUUGACAAUGAUGGAAAUGGCCACUGUCUCACAGGUGAUUGCAAUGGGAAACUACAUUGUGGAGGGAAAGGAGGGGUGCCACCAGCAACAGUGGUUGAAAUGACACUUGGAUCCUCCUCUUCACCUCUGCAUUUCUAUGAUGUGAGUUUGGUGGAUGGCUUCAACUUGCCUGUUUCUAUGAAGCCUGUUGGCGGUGGAAUUGGGUGUGGAGUGGCUUCUUGUGAGGUGGAUUUGAAUGUUUGUUGUCCAUCAGCACUUGAGGUGAAGAGGAAUGGUAAGGUUGUGGGGUGCAAAAGUGCAUGCUUGGCUAUGCAAUCAGCAAAGUAUUGCUGCACAGGGAAUUAUUCUGACCCAAAAACUUGCAAGCCUACCCUUUUUGCUCAUCUCUUUAAGGCUAUAUGUCCUAAGGCUUAUAGUUAUGCAUAUGAUGACUCUAGCAGCCUUAACAGAUGCAGGGCUCCAAGGUAUGUCAUCACUUUCUGCCCACCUCCACUGUAG